AUGGCAACCACACUUUCGGAAAAUGCAAAUGAAUCCAGUAGUAGUGGUCAUUUAAACAAUAGACAAAGUAUAGUCAAAAGAUUAUCUAUAAAAAGUAUAAUUCAAAAUCUCAUGAAAAGUAAAGAAACAAAGGCCAUUAAUCAAAUAGAAGAAGAGCUUAAACUUGCGAAAGAAAAAAUUUCCAAGGAUGAUUUAGAUUUAGAUAUUGUAGAAAUAGAUUUACUACCCAUUAAAGCUAAAAAACAGAAGAAA